CCGGGCUGGGAGAUCAGACCCCGGCGACCGGCCGUCCUCCCAGAGUCACCGGCGCCGCGCCGCCGGCUCUCGCCUCUCCGCGCAUCUUGCCGCCUCCGCCCCAGCCUAAACUGCACCGCGCCGCUCCUGGUGCCGCGCGCACCUGCUAGGUUCCUGCAUCCCCGCGCAGUUCCCCGCGUGGCCUCCUCUAGCCUCCGGCGCUGCCGCGAGUCCAAAAGCGCCCUGAUCUCGUUGAAGCGUUCCGCGCCGGCUCGUUGGGCCGCUGCUACCAUCAGGUUGCCUCUUUGAAUGGUUCGGUAGGUGUUCGUCGUUUUGAUCAUGGUGUACAGCAAGGUGGAGGUGAACUUGAGAAGGCUGCUUGAGGCGGCUCCUCGGCAGCAGAAUCAGGCUAAGCUUGUUCAUUACAUAACCACAGCGAGGGAGCUGCUGGAGCAGCUUGGAGCAGAAAUUACACCGGAAGGGACAUCAAGCGUUUCAAAAGCCAAGCUCAGUGAGUAUUCAGAAAAGAUUGAAGCAUUAGCUAUCCAGCUCGCCGCUCCAGUGCCAGAAAAUGAAAAUCCGGUUGAUGAGAGCAGAGAAGAGGAAAACUCUUACGAAAGAGAAAAGGUUGGAAGUCCAAUAUCCUUAUCAUCAGGAUUGCGAAGGAGAUCAAUGGCUCACGCAGACGUUGGACCAAGCAGUCACGAGAGAAAAGAAAGAGAUACUGGAGCACCUAUUAAAUUGGAUGCAGAAGCUCAGGCUCACAUUGAGAAGCAUAGGAAGCUGCAAGAAGAUCUGACAGACGAAAUGGUCGACUUAGCACGGCAGCUGAAGGAAAGUAGUAUGUUAAUGAACCAAUCUGUGCAAGAUACCGAGAAGAUCCUUGAUUCCACGGAGAGAGCCGUGGAGCAUAGCUUGGCGAGCACCGGUCGGGCGACGGCACGUGCCUCGGAGGUCUACUCGCUGGCCUCCAAGACAACCUGCUUCCAGUGGUUGCUCAUCUUUAUGAUGACCUGCAUGUUUGUCAUGGUGGUUCUGCUCAUACGGGUCACCUGAUGUGGCCGUGGCCACUGAAAACAGUGCCAUCAGUAGCCGUUAAGAUGGCACAAUCUUGUAAACAAUCCUUACAUGAACAUAAACAUGAACCUGUUUUCCAGAAUGAGCAUCGCUUGGUCUCACUGUCGUUAUGGCAA